AUGGCAUGUGAGACUCGCAUUGUUCAAUGCACUUUCUAUUACCCACAGCUUCCACUUCACAAGUAUCAUCAGUCAGGAGACCUCAUAAUUGGUGGCAUUGCUUAUUAUGCUGGUAAUGUUGCCAGUGAAAUGCUGUUCAUGGAAGAACCCCUGCCAACGUUGACAGAACCAUUUGUCAUAGUGCCUAAGCAUUACCAGCACAUCACAGCCUUGGCUUUCACAGUAAAAUACAUAAAUGAAAACUUGCAGAUCUUACCCAAUAUCACUUUGGGCUUCCACAUUUAUGACAGCUAUGGCAGUUCAAUGAGGACCUAUCAUGCCACAAUGCUACUUCUUUCAUCACCUGAAAGAUUUACCCCAAACUACCUAUGUGACAAUAAGAAAAAUCUAAUAGCAGUUGUUGGUGGACUGGAUGCCAAAAUUUCCAUUGAUAUGGCAACCCUCUUGAAUAACUAUAAGGUUCCACAGAUGGUCCCUCAUGAAGCUGUUCAGUAUGAGGGGAUUCUCUCUUUGCUUCUGCAUUUCAGGUGGACAUGGAUUGGGGUCAUUGUAAUAGAUGAUGAUGGAAGUGGUGAAAGAUUUUUGCAAACUGUGUUGCCAAAGUUCUCCCAGAGUGGUAUCUGCUAUGCCUUUAUAAAAAGAAUCUCCACAUUAUCUUCAUUCGCUGAAAUUAAUGAAAUGCUAGAAGAUGGAGCAAAACUACACAAUGAAGUGAUGAGUAGCAAAGCCAAUGUAGUUCUGUUUUAUGGAGAAUCUAAUUCCAUGUUUAUUUUGAGAUGGUUUCCAUAUUUUUCAGAACAUCCACCAAGUCUACCAAGAGGUAUAGUGUGGAUAAUGACAGCUGAAAUGGAACUUACAUCAAUGGUCUAUCAAAAGGAUUGGGAAACGGAAAUAUUCCAUGGUGCUCUUUCCUUCACAAUCCAAUCCAAAAACCUACCAGAAUUCAAAACAUUUGUUGAGGGACGAAAUCCUUCCAACACAAAAGAAGAUGGUUUUAUCAGGGACUUUUGGCAACAGGCCUUUGACUGUGUAUUCCCAGAUCCAACUGUGGGUGAUGUGAAGGGAAAUGUUUGCACUGGGGUGGAGAAGCUAGAGAGCCUUCCAGCACCAUUUUUUGAAAUGAGCAUGUCAGGCCACAGCUACUGCAUUUACAAUGCUGUCUAUGCUAUAGCACAUGCUUUACAUGACAUGUCCUCAUCUAGAGUCAAACAUGGAGCAAUGGAAGGUAGAAGAGGACUGAAGCAUCAAAUUCAACCGUUGUGGCAGCUCCAUCACUUUCUCAAAAGUGUCUCUUUUAACAACAGCAGUGGAGACAAGAUUUCUUUUGACCAGUAUGGGGAGUUAGUGGCUGGAUUUGAUGUGAUCAACUGGAUUGUUUCCCCAAACCAAACAUUUCACAGAGUGAAAGUUGGGAGGACAGAUCCCAGACAAGGGUUCACCAUCGAUGGGGAUGCCAUAACAUGGUACAGCUGGUUUAACCAGUCUCAGCCUCUUUCUUUAUGUACUGAGAGAUGCCAUCCUGGUUUUAGAAAGAAAGUGAAGGAAGGGGAACCAUUUUGCUGCUAUGAUUGCAUCCCAUGUCCAGAAGGGAAGUUUUCAGCUCAAGAGGAUAUGAAUGAUUGCAGUAAAUGCUCAGAUGAAGAAUAUCCAAACAAGAACCAGGAUGUGUGUAUUCCCAAAGAUAUAAGCUUCUUGUCUUAUAAUGAACCUUUGGGCAUGAGUUUAGCCUGUUCUGCUCUUUCUUUUUCUUAUAUCACAGCCCUGGUCCUGGGAACAUUUAUGAAGCACCACAACACACCCAUUGUCAAAGCCAACAACCGGGAUGUCACCUACACUCUCCUCAUCUCUCUCCUGCUCUGCUUCCUUUGUGCACUCCUAUUCAUUGGCCGACCUGAGAAGGUGACAUGUCUCCUCCGACAAACUGCUUUUGGCAUCAUCUUCUCUGUGGCUGUUUCUUGUGUGCUUGCAAAAACUAUCACAGUGGUUCUGGCUUUCAUGGCCACCAAACCAGGAUCCAGGAUGAGGAAAUGGGUGGGGAAAAGACUGACUAAUUCCAUUGUUGUUUCUUGCUGUCUUGUUCAAGUAGGCCUCUGUAUUCUGUGGCUGGGAUCCUCACCCCCAUUCCCAGAUGUUGACAUGCAUUCAGUGGCUAAAGAAGUUGUACUGGAAUGUAAUGAGGGAUCUGUGACUAUGUUCUACUGUGUCCUGGGCUACAUGAGCUUCCUGGCCAUUAUCAGUUUCACUGUGGCAUUCCUCGCCAGGAAGUUACCUGACAGUUUCAAUGAAGCCAAGUUCAUCACUUUCAGCAUGUUGAUCUUUUGCAGUGUUUGGUUGUCCUUUGUUCCAACCUACCUGAGCACCAAAGGGAAAUAUAUGGUUGCUGUAGAGAUCUUUUCUAUUUUAGCCUCCAGUGCUGGGUUGCUGGGUUGCAUCUUUGCCCCCAAAUGCUACAUUAUUUUGUGGCGGCCUCAACUGAACAACAGGGAAUAUCUAAUAAGAAAUAAGGCCUGA